AUGGCGGGUCGUGUCACUGAGGCGACGACAGUGACGGCGACGGCAUCUGCGGCAGCUCCCCGAUUUGGCGGCGGAGGCCCGAGAGACGGGUGAGCUUAGCGAAAGAGAAACGACUACGUCCCGUUCGUUGGCCCCGCGGCCGGGAGGGCAAUGGAGGCCGGUAUGCCAAAGCGGAAGGAGCCGGGCAAGUCCCUGCGCAUCAAAGUCAUCUCCAUGGGCAACGCAGAAGUGGGGAAAAGCUGUAUUAUAAAACGUUAUUGUGAGAAGAGAUUUGUGCCCAAAUACCUAGCAACAAUAGGAAUUGACUAUGGAGUUACAAAAGUAUACAUCAAAGACAGAGAAAUCAAAGUUAACAUCUUUGAUAUGGCUGGACAUCCAUUCUUCUAUGAGGUUCGAAAUGAGUUUUACAAGGACACACAGGGUGUCAUCCUAGUUUAUGAUGUUAGCCAAAAGGACUCUUUUGAGGCUCUUGAUAGCUGGCUGGCAGAAAUGAAGCAAGAGCUUGGACCUCAUGGAAACAUGGACAAUAUUAUAUUUACAGUCUGCGCCAAUAAGAUUGACUGUACCAAGCAUCGCUGUGUAGAUGAAAGUGAAGGACGCCUUUGGGCUGAAAGCAGAGGGUUCCUUUAUUUUGAGACUUCAGCACAAACAGGAGAAGGAAUCAACGAGAUGUUCCAGAUGUUUUAUUCUGCCAUAGUUGAUUUUUGUGAAAAUGGUGGGAAACGUCCUGGAACAAACGUCAGCAUAAGUUUCACCAAAGAGCAAGCUGAUAACAUUCGCAGGAUUCGAAAUAGCAAAGAUAGCUGGGACAUGUUGGGAGUCAAACCUGGAGCCACAAGGGAUGAGGUGAAUAAAGCUUACCGGAAACUUGCAGUGCUUCUCCACCCUGACAAGUGUGUGGCUCCAGGCAGUGAAGAUGCCUUCAAGGCAGUUGUGAAUGCCCGGACAGCCCUCCUGAAAAACAUCAAAUAACCUAGAAUGCAGCAGGAAACAGACAAGUAUUUGUCAUCGUUAGAGAAUUCCAUUCCCUGAAGAGAAAAACAAUUGAGACCUCACCAAGGCUUUUUGCUCUGUCUUUUUGUGUAUACACAAUUUCAGAUUCUCAUCACUAUUUUUUUUUUUAUUUUUUGAAGGAAAAAUGUGCUGUUGUUUUCAGGUGUGAAGAGCUGUGAUUCAUAUCACUCAUUUUUAUUUGCCCAUUUUUAAACAGUCUGAUAACUCUCUUCUCUUUAUUUAUAAGCAUGGUAGUAGUGUCAUGUCAUAGACAUUUCACUCAGGUGAGGCUUCCAGGGGGUGAGAGUCACCUCUCAAUUAUAUUUUACUUUGGUUCAUCACCUAAGUAAUAAAUCACGAAUGAAAGCAGGGAAUAGAACAUUCUCUCAUGAUAUGACAUCAUAAAAGAAUUUCUUUGUUUUUACUCUUAAAGUAAAAGAAUGUUUAGGAAUUCUGAGUGGUAUUUCAACUGCCAUUUUAGAAUUAAUGAAUUCCAUCUGUCUCUUUGGUUUCACUGAAAUGGGCUGAUUUGCUUCUGAAAUAAGGCAGCUCUAUCCUUAUGAGCCCGCAUCCCUUCAAUAUGUCCAGCCACUCAAUAGGGGAAGAAAUCCUAUCCUUCCAGGACGGGUUGACUUCUCGGAAUGCCAACAGCUGCCUGUUCCAGCAUAGUUACUGACGUCAUCUCUUGGUCAGUGUUAGUUAAUACCAGUGGAAAGUAUCAUGGGGUUGGUUGUUCAGGGAUCAAACCAGAGGCCAGAGAUAAUGGAAAAGCAGGCACACAUCUAAAUCCUUGUAGCAGCAACAUCUCUAAACAGGAGAGACCGGCCUUGCCCAGGGCAUGUCCUCUGACCCUUUGGGGAAAACACCCAACUAAGCCUGAAAGGUUUUCCUCCAUAAAUGGGUGGAAAAGGGAAAGGGCAAGCAAGCAUCCUUAAAUUCUUCUCCCUCUACCCCUCCUCUCCUCUUCCCAUGACAGCUCUCCUUUUCUCUUCAGCUACCACCAUCAUUCUCUCUUCUCUGUUUAUUUCUGUUUAUUUCUAGUUGCUAUAUUCUCCAUCCUCUAGUUUAGGCAUGCUAUCCAAACCAAUUUAACCAGUCUGAAUGGUUAGAUUGGUUAGGUAAUGGUUAGGUUGAUAUAGAAUGUUGAGAUGAUAAUGGAAAAGAGAUUCUUGUGUCUGGUUAGGAGAGAAGAGGGAAGUGCUUUUUGACAUUUUUUUCUUGGACUUAAGUUUUUAUAUAGCAAUAUUUAUUCAAAAACAGUAAAUAAACAUUAAUUUUGCCUAGAGGAGUACCAUUUUGUUCGCCACCAUAGCAUCCCCCUCAUCAUACAAAGUACUGCUACAAAGUAAUAAAGAUUUUCACAUAGAAUUUUAUGUAAUCUGAUUACUUUAUGAGUAUGCCUCAUAUUCUUUGGCUGUUAAAAAAAAUGGUUUAACUGGGCCUUUGCAGUUUAUAGACACAUGUAUUAUACAGAAAGCUUAAAUAGUUGGUCCUUUAGACUUGCCAAGAAGAAAUUACUUUACAAACUAAGGGGAAAGACAGACCAAGUUGUCAGAGCCUAGCAGCAUCAUCUGUCUUAAAGCUACCAUAUUUUCAUGCUGCUACAGUCAGGCUGCAUUUUGCUCUGUUUUUAGUUAACCCAAAGCAUCACUCCCAACCUCUAAUGUCAUUAUCUCAGUGAUGCUUUAAAGAUUAUUUUUACUUUUUUCCUCCCACAAUUAUGGGUCUGAUAUGAUUGGAUAUGUUUUCAGGUAGCUAGGGUUAGAUUUUAUUACAGACUCCUCAGUCCCAGUUUGAGAGUCUCAGCACUUUUAAAAUAACUUGCUUGUGUGAGGUUUUCCUUUAGCCCUGUAGCUAGCCUCACCUCACUGAGCUACAGAUAUUUGUCACUGACAUAGUAUAACUAUGUAACAGGCCCUUAGCCAAAUUAGAGUACUUGUGGGCCUGGCAUGCGCUUUAUAUGUCUUUAUCAUAUUUAAAUAAAUGUAGUGUUGGAAUUUGUAAAAAGAACUAAAAUCAGAUGAAUAAGGGAGUCUUCUAGUACUGUCAUUCGCCAGUUGCCAUGUAUAUAGAGCAUACUGAAUUCUUUGAUGCAAUAUAAAUAGCAAAAUUACCAACCAUUUCUGAUAUAAUAAUAGAUGGGUCACUUUACCCCAGCUUCAAUGCAUGAGUGAUUAAAUAUGGCAGGUAGAACUCCAGUGAGCAUUUCAGCUGUUACCUUUCCAAUGCAAAUGUGGCUCAUUGAAAUUUAAAACUCAAUCUUGAGCCAUAGGUCUUGUAAGUCUUUGUUUUCCACAAUUAGCAACUUCAGAAAUGUAGCUGCUACAUACUGAAAUUCUGUGCCCUUUUAUGUUUUGGAGUUUUUUGUUUCAUUAAGCUCAGGAUCUUGGCAGUUACUACUGUGAUCCUUCAGCAGGAUUUGAAGGAACAACAGAGCAUGUUUUACUAUGAAAUAAUAGUUUGGCAAGUACUGGCUAUUAAACUAUUUUUCUAUUAGGAAAACCUGCAGACCUCCAAGUAUAAAUCUAACAACCUCCUGUUGAAAAUAUGUAUACACUAGUUCAACCUGGUAAGAGUUCUGAGCCAGUUGAGUUUCUUUCAGAGGACUUGAUGUCUUUCAUAGAGGAUAAGGAUAAAAGUAAUAAUUUAAUGCAGUUAUUAUUGGAAAACAAAUCAUCCCUUCUUAGGUCAUAAGGAUAUAAUAUUUUAGCAGUUGUUUACAAAGCUCAAGAGAGAUGUUGCAUUAAUCUAACAACAUACCUAAAUACCUUAACAUUUAUAUUCUUUUUGACUUGAUAUUCUGACUGUAAUUCAACUAUCAGUAUUUCUCCAUUUCAGUAUCAUUGUCAACAUUGUCAAACAGAGUAUAUCAUAUAUUGAACUCUCAGCCAGACAGGAUCUAGCAAGAAGCCUUUCAUUACCAGUUUUCUGAAAAGGAAAAUAUAGGAAUUUGAAAGCAUAGCUCAUACUUCAUAGAAGUUUAAUGUUUUGUUUUGAAACCAAUUUAGAGAUGCUUACUUUAGAGGGAAAGAGGUCAUGUUUCUGAUGUUUCAUGAAUCAAAUUUUUCCAGCAAACCAAACUGCAAUUUCAAGCCAUGCAAAUAAAGGCCAUAUUGAUAAAAAUUAUUUCUUUUGGACAAUGGACAUGUUCCAAUAAGUCAUAGCAUUUUCUGUGAUGACUAUCCUUCUGGUAUUGUUCCCUCUUGAAAUGUGAAUGUCAUGCAUAACCUUUAGGUUGAGUUUACCUAUUUUUCUUUUUGUUGAAAUGAAAUACCUAAAAAUAUUUAAUCUAGCAGGUGUUUAUGUCUUGAAUGGAGAUUGUUAUUUGCCUUUAAGUUAUGUAUUUUUAUAAAGUAAAGCCAAACUUCAACACACUAAUUUUGUCUGUAUUCUACAUAUGUGCGUGACGUAGUGGCAUCUAAUAAAUACACAGUGGGCUAAGUCAUCGACUACAACACUUAACCAGUUACAGUUGUACAUCCUUGGACAAAAAACGUUUCAGUUUUUGCAUCUGUAAAGUAGGGAGAAUAAUAAUCACAAGUGCUUUGCACCUAUUAGUCACCUAAUAAAUACUUGUUCAACAA